GUGUCUAAACUUCACCUCAAUUUGACAUGGCCAACGAAGUGGUAGUGUCUGGCAAAGUUCCUCGAGAUAAAUACAGAUCUUACUUAUAUGAUGAAGCUGAUACAAUCCAGUGGAGACAUGGUGGACCACCGAUAUAUGAUGAUGUGAACAAGCUCUUUGAAGAUGGCCGAACCAAGGAAUGGCCAAAAGGAUCAUUAGAGGAGACAGUGCAAAACGCCAUAAAAUCAUGGGAGAUGGAGCUCUCACACAAAACCCGUUUGCAGGAUUUCAAGACCAUAAAUCCUGAAAAGUUCAAGCUCUUUGUUAAUGGGAGAGAGGGAUUAUCUGCAGAGGAAACUCUAAGCAUAGGAAGUUAUAAUGCUUUGUUAAAGAACUCUCUGCCAGAAGAAUUGAAGUAUUACAAAGCUGAUGAUGAGACAUUUGAAUCGUCCCAUGAAGCCUUUAGAUCAGCUUUUCCUCGUGGAUUUGCAUGGGAAGUGAUCAAAGUCUAUAGUGGAGCCCCGGAAAUUGGUUUCAAGUUCAGGCACUGGGGCUUCUUUGAAGGUCCUUUCAAGGGACACGCCCCUACAGGGAACAUCGUUCAAUUCUAUGGCUUGGGAACUCUCAAGGUUGACAACACUAUGAAAGUGGAAGAGGUGGAGAUUUACUACGACCCAGCACAGCUAAUGGGAGACCUUCUAUCAGCUGGAUCACACACAGACAAGAAGAAGGACACUUCAGCAACUUCUCGAGGGUGUCCUUUCUCCAAAUAA